ACCGGCCCACUGUGAGCGAACUACUCAUUUAUAGAAGACCGUUGGGGCGAACGCACGUGUGGUAACGAACCGGCUUCAAAAUGGUUAAAGUAGACAUCAAAUACACUAAGUUGUUCAUCAACAAUGAGUGGGUGGACGCUGUCAGCAAGAAGACUUUCCCCACCAUCAACCCUCAGGAUGAGUCCGUCAUCACACAAGUGGCUGAAGGCGACAAGGCUGACAUAGACUUGGCUGUAGCUGCAGCCAAGAAGGCUUUCCACCGCUACUCAGAAUGGCGUACCCUCGACGCAUCCCAAAGGGGUCGCCUCCUCCUCAAGCUAGCUGACCUCAUGGAGAGAGAUGCUGCGUACUUAGGACAGCUGGAAACCCUGGACUGUGGCAAGCCCGUCAAGCAAGCUGAAGGCGAAGUUGUCUGGUCUGCUGGCAUCAUCAGAUACUACGCUGGAAAAGCCGACAAAAUCCUUGGCAGCACUAUUCCCGCAGACGGUGACGUCAUGACCUUCACCUUGAAGGAGCCCGUGGGUGUGUGCGGACAAAUUCUGCCAUGGAACUACCCAAUCCCCAUGUUUGUAUGGAAAAUCGCCCCUGCUUUUGCUGCCGGUUGCACCGUAGUAGUCAAGCCCGCGGAACAGACUCCUCUCACAGCUUUAGCCAUGGCCGCCCUGGUCAAGGAAGCUGGUUUCCCUGCCGGAGUCCUCAACGUAGUCCCUGGCUACGGUCCCACAGCCGGACACGCUCUUACCCACCACCCUGAUGUCGACAAAGUAGCUUUCACGGGCUCCACUGAGGUGGGUAGGAUCAUUAUGAGCGCUGCGUCCGCUGUCAACUUAAAGAGAGUAACUCUUGAACUUGGAGGCAAGAGCGCUCUGGUGGUCUUCAAUGAUGCUGAUGUCGACAAAGCAGCGGAGAUUGCGCACAGGGCUGCGUUCGCCAACGCUGGUCAGUGCUGCGUCGCUGGCACCAGGACCUACGUCCAGUCAGGCAUUUACGACAAGUUCGUCGCCAAGGCCGCUGAGAUCGCCAAGAACAGGACUGUUGGAAACCCCUACACAGAUGUUCAACAAGGACCCCAGAUCGACACAGAGAUGUUCACCAAGGUGAUGGGUUACAUCGAGGCGGGUAAGAAGGGUGGUGCCCGCUGCGUCGCUGGAGGAGAACGCCAAGGAAACGUCGGCUUCUUCGUCAAGCCCACUGUCUUCGCCGAUGUCAAGGAUGAUAUGAAGAUUGCUAGGGAGGAGAUCUUCGGGCCCGUCCAGAGUAUCCUUAAGUUCGAGACCUUCGAGGAAGUUGUUGACCGUGCUAACGACUCCAACUACGGUUUGGGUGCUGGUGUCAUCACCAACGAUAUCACCACAGCCUUGGCUUUCAUCAAGCACGUGCGCGCUGGCUCCAUGUGGGUCAACACCUACGAAGUAGUGACUCCUCAAACUCCCUUCGGUGGAUUCAAGGAGUCUGGAAUCGGUCGUGAAAUGGGUGAGGACGGUAUCCUGCAAUACUUGGAGAACAAGACAGUCUCCUUCAGCCUCCCCAAGAAACCUCAGCUGUAAACCAAAGAACUGAAAAUGCCACGAGAAUUGAGAAAUUAAGACAACUUUUAUAUUCCAAUUAUAUGUUUAUACAUGUAUGUCUGUAAUGCCUGUUAUGUAUAUUAUGUCUGUUAUUGAUAUAUUUGUAUAAAUACAAAAUUAUCAAUUAUUUUUUA